AUGGUUUCGAACUCGAAAGUUUUGUCUACCGGAGAUGUUAUCAUUUGUGGCUAUUUGAUGAAAAGCAGACGUAUUGAAUUGUUGCGUAAACUCCUGUGGAAUCUCCACUGUAUGAAACAUUCGUCAGAAUCCAGUGUUCUAGACUGGAAAAGAAGAUACUUCAUUCUAUACAAAGUUCAUAGUCAAAAUAAAACUGAAAUAUUUUUUGAUUAUUACAAAGAUGAAACUGUGACAAAAUUCAAGGGUCGUGUUGAUUUAGAACAUUGUGAAUGUAUUAUUGAAAAUGUGAAUAUCGGUCAACCAUGUGCAUUUUCAAUUUCAACAUUAUUUAAUGGAAAUAAACGAAUUUAUUAUUUUAUAGCAGCAAAUAAUAAAAUUAUGUCUGAUUGGGUGCGUCAUUUAGCUCAUGUCGCUGAAUUAGUUGAUGUUUCUACUACAAAUGUCACUUCCAAUCAAAGAACUGUUGUUGAAAAUAUUAACAGCAACCGAAGUGCUGGUGGUGUUUGUAAUGAACUGCCUUUAUUUCAGAGACCCUCCAAAAUUCCUCCAGAUAAUAAUGCUAAUGUUAAUUAUAAUGAUAAUGGCGUACAUUCCAGGAAUUCGAAUGGUGGAGAUAUAGGGACUAAGUCCCCUAAUAAUCAGCAUCAAUCAUUGAGCAAUAAUCAUGUGAAGAGAGAUAAUGAUAAUGGUGAAGAUGAUUACAAAGAGGUUAUCGGUGGAGUUGAUUACUUAUUGUCUGGUUCUGAAUUAUUAUUAGACGAUUAUCAUCAUCUUCCGGAUUCACGUCACUCUUAUGUAAAUCUAACUAAUGCUGUGGUAACAGAGAAAGAAUUCAAUAUAAAUUAUUCUUCAUUGCCUAGAAUAGAUCAAAUGAAACAAACCACCAGUGAUAUUACAUGCAAAUUAUCAAAUGAAAACAUUAAUAAUCAGAAGAACAAAUGUCAUCACGUAAACGAUUUUACUAGUUCUCCUUCCAGAAACUCUCUAAAGAAGCGAAAUUCUUCUAACAGUGUCUACUAUAAUGUCUGGGAUUCUGAAGAUGGGUCUAAAGUUACUACUACUACUACUACUACUACUAACAAUACUACUGCUAUCACAACUGAUUCGAUUGUUGAUUCAGAAAUUUAUUUAAAACGCAAUAAUCAAAUUACACAGAAUACAAGAAUUUAUCGUAAAAGUCAUUGUGCACCAGGAAGUAGUAGUACACUAUCAAAUUCUCCACUUCUUCAUCCAUCAUUUGAUCAAAAAUCUAAUCGUCAAUGUUUACUAAUAAAAACAGGGGCAGGGACAAAAACAAAUCGUAAACCUGCACCACCACCACGUAUGUCACCUUUGAAAUCAUCGUCUUUUACAUUACCAUCUACAUUUACAAAUUCAAUUAACGUUUUGUCUGGAUUAAAUUUAGAAUCACCAUUACCAGUUCGUGCAAAAGGAUCGGAUAUGUCUGUAGAUAGUAGUUUAAAUAGUAGUAGUACUUGUAGUGAUGUUAAUAUCUCCAUCCUCAACGACACAACUCAUGAAAAUGCUGAUGAUGGUCGCUGUAAAAAUGAGUUUAAUAAUAAUAAUGGUGAUAAUCUGGAUCGAAAUCACAAUAUGAUAGAUAAGGAGAUCAACGAAGACAAUAAAGAGAAUAGAAUACAAUCAGUAGAUCAUCAUUGUAACAUAAAUGUAAUCGAUAAAAAUCAACCAAACUCCAGUAAUAAUCUUACAAAAUCUGGAAUUUCUGUUAAUAAAAUAUCACAUUUAAAUUAUAUUGAACCAUAUAAUUUGGAUUUACGUACUGUUCAAUGCCCAAAGGAACACAAUAAUGGUGUUGAUGCUGGCGGUAAUUUGUUGUCAUCUCGUGUAACUACACUGACAACAACAUCAGUAUUAAAAACUGGAUCAGCUUUUCCUAUCUUAGCAACAACAAUAACAACAACAGUAAAUUCUGAUAUUUCAUCCAAUGUUACAGGUUCAUCUAAUACUGCUAUAACAUCUGUUUGUUCGAAUUUAUUUAAUAAACAGUUAUCAACAAAUGGUUUACAACAAACGGUAAUUAUGUCUUUGAUGCAUCCUCAUUCUUUGUCUUCUUCUUGUUCUACCACUACUACAACUUUUACUAACAUCAAUCCUCUACUAUCUUCUCAGUCGGAUUCAUCUGUAUUCCUAAAAUCAAAUAAAAUUUUAAUGUCUUGUAAUGGUACUAAUAAUAUGACUACUACUGCUGCUACUGCUACUAGUAGUGCUAAUCAACUAGAUGAUGAACAUAUUGAAUAUCGUGAAAUUGAUCCAAUCAGUACAAAUGCUUUAGCUAUUGUCAAAGAACGAUUUGGCUAA